AUGGGAUUCUAUAAGUACUCUACUCUCGCUCUUCUUGCUCUUCGUGCUGUCAGUGUAUUUGCUGCACCAGAAAGUACUGAAGACCAUCGCCAAGAAGCUGCGGCAGAGGGUUUCGAAACCCCUCCAUCCAAUCUCGCGGUCUCGGUCUCUGCUUCGUUCCCUCAAACUGAAAUCUUUGGCAUCAAGCUCAUCAACGGCCAUGCUUCGCAAGCUAUUCUUUCCUUUAAGAAUGGUGAGCCUGAAGCUGUGCAAGUAGCUUUUAUUGGAGGCGCAUUAUCUACUCUGCAGAUACUACCAGAAGGAACUCAUCCAAGUGCUGCCAUUGUGCGCAAUUUGACCUCGACAAGAUAUGAUAUCGAGAUUCCAGCUGGCGAAGAGCAGACUCUACCAUAUAGCUUUACUACCGAUUUGAAUCCUCAGGAUCUGAGAUUAAACCUUAUCGCGGUCGUGGCUAGCCAGACAGGAGGUGUUUAUCAGAUUCAGGCUUUUAAUGAGACCGUUACUGUUGUUGAGGCUGCUACCAGCAUCUUCGAUCCUCAAGUCGUCUUCUUGUAUCUCUUUCUCCUCGCAGCAUUCGCCGGUACCCUCUACAUGGUCUAUAAGACCUGGAUCGAAACUCUAUUCCCUCAAACUCGCAAAGGUGGUAAAGGUGGUGAGCGUGCCAAGCGUUCAUCUGGAGGAUCCAAGAAGGCUGUCGAUGUUAAGGAUCAAGUCUCUGUUAUUGGUGCUGAUGGACCAGCUGUUACAACUCAAUCUUUGGCCCAACAAGCUUACGAUGAGAGCUGGAUCCCUGACCAUCAUAUCAACCGUCCAACUGCCAGACGUGUCAAGAGCGGCUCUUCCAAGAUCAAGACUAAGAUCGUAUCCGAGUAA